UGUGCACUGAUUACUCGCUCUGUCUCGUUUUUGUGGGCCGACCAAUCUUGGUAUAUAUAACACUACUAGUCGCCGGCCGGUGUUCGAUGUGACACGUGAGAAAAUGGCUGGAAGGUGCAGGUCUCUCGUUCUUCUUCUCUUUAUGCACGUCCUGUCAGGCUCUGCACAGACUGUGCCGUGCUUCACUGGACUUGGUUGUGGUUCUGGUAGUGUUGGCCUACAGGUUUCAGCAUUGGCCUGCUGUAGCAUGGCUGAUACUCUCUCAUUCAGACGUACAGUGGACGCCGAAUCAUGCUUUACAUGUUAUGGGUUUGGAUGGGUACAGAAUAUCAGCAGUGAUUUGACAUCAGCUGAGCCUCAGACUGAAAUAACUGCUGUGGAAGGACAGACUGUCUCCCUGACACUUUUCUACACUAAGAAUAAUCCACCAAAUUCCCUCCGAAUAGACUUUAACAUUCAGACCUCUGGUUCAGCAACAGAGGGAGUGGACUAUGUUGUCACUCCAGAUCCAGCUAGUGUUUUCAUGGACGAAGUGUCACUGCAGUUGGUCCCAGUCACAGUUAAUGUCACUCUAGUCCCUGAUGGUAUAGGAGAAGAAGGGACUGAAGACAUUGUACUCACUCUAGUGCAGCUUCCACCGUUCGAACCCGAGCGUGUUCUCAUCAACCCAACAGUCAGGAUCCGUGUCGAAGAUAAUGACAUUCAGACUGGGUUCAGGACGCCGGGGGAUGGAUGUAUCCCAGAGGGUGUGUUGCAGGAGAUCUGUCUGACUACUGUUGGAUCUCCUGCAGUGGAUACUGUGCUAACUGUCUCCGUCACUUAUGACACUGCUGGACCUGAAGACUUCGAUCUGAUCACACCACAAGUGACCAUCACUGAGACUAUGACUGAGCCGUGUGUGAGUUACCAGGCCAUAGCAGAUGAUCUGGGACUGGAGGGAGUGGAGAACCUCACUCUGUUUCUUAGUGGACCUCCCAAUGUACAACUGACUACUGCCUCUCUACACAUCUGCAUUCAGGACUCUGACGGCACUGUCCCGUGCUUCACUGGACUUGGUUGUGGUUCUGGUAGUGUUGUGGAACAGGCUUCAACAUUGGCCUGCUGUAGCAUGGCUGAUACUCUCUCAUACAGACCUACAGUGAACAGCGAAUCAUGCUUUACAUGUCAUGGGUUUGGAUGGGUACAGAAUAUCAGCAGUGAUUUGACAUCAGCUCAGCCUCAAACUGAAGUAACUGCUGUGGAAGGACAGACUGUCACUCUCACACUUUUCUACACUAAGAAUAAUCCACCAAAUUCCCUCCGAAUAGACUUUAACAUUCAGACCUCGGGUUCAGCAACAGAGGGAGUGGACUAUGUUGUCACUCCAGAUCCAGCUAGUGUUUUCAUGGACGAAGUGUCACUGCAGUUUGUCCCAGUCACAGUUAAUGUCACUCUAUCCAGUGAUGGUAUAGGAGGAGAAGGAACUGAAGACAUUGUACUCACUCUAGUCCAGCUUCCACCGUUCGAACCCAAGCGUGUUCUCGUCAACCCAACUGUCAGGAUCAUUGUCGAGGAUAAUGACAGAGAGCAAGGAGAGGUGGUAUGGGAGAUGGGAAUGGUUGGAGUCACGGAGGGAAGUGGGUCAGUGGAGGUCUGUGCCAACUACACUGAAGCGGUCGAGGGAUUCACCGUGGAGACAUCUACCACAGAAGUCUUUGCCCUCAAUGGAUCAGACUUCCUAGCUCAGAUAGGGCCCACGGCUCACCUGGUAUGGAAUGCAGGCUCCACAAUAGCCUGUGUCUCCAUUCCAAUCAUUGACGACGAGCGAGUGGAAAAUGAUGAGAUAUUUUACGUCAACAUGGUCCGAAUCGUCAACUCGCCCUCGGGGGAUGAUCCUCGUCUGGUGCCCCUGGCGAUUAUCAUGAUCAUGGACGACGAUUUGAUUCCAAUAGUUUUCACAGUAGACAGUAUCGUCACCACCGACGACCAGCCAGCUGUCGAGGCGUGUCUUGAAGUCGAUAACGAGCUCGUUGAUGAGAAUGUGGCCUAUCGGAUACCCAUCGCCGUGGAAACUCAAGACGGAACUGCCCAGUCUGACGUGGACUUCAUGCCAUUAAACAACAUGACGGGAGGGGAGGCAAGUAGAGGUCUCCUCACUCCUCCAAGCCCUUCUCGUUGCUUCACCGUAUCACUCCUCACUCGCCAAGACAACCAACUGGACGACCGGAAUUUCUUCCUUGCCGUGAUGCUCAUUGACGGCGCAAGGAUCAACCCUCUGCCGGAGCAGAUACAGCUGCCCGCUGAUCUAGAAAUAACAAUCCAACCUGCUGCACAGAUCGAAGUUGGAGACAUAUCAGACUCAGUCCUCAGUAACCCUCUGUUCUCUGUGACCCUCGACAUGAAGGCAGACGAAGAUGACUCUUAUCUCUGCUACGAAAUCCACGGAGACUCAGGACUGUACCUGAAUUUAGUCUCCGAUGCUUGUUUUUCAAUCAACGCCGGCUACGAGACAAUCGAAGGAGCCCCCACCUACAACAAGAUCGAUGCACUCUUUAUAACAACAUCAGAUGCAGCUGGCGGGUGUAGUAAUAUCGAAAUACUCUCGUCGGAGUCCUGCACGGCUGCGUAUUUGGUCGGUAGUGACUACGGCCUGGUGCUACGAGAGCGUUACCGUAGGAACGGAGUCCAAGUCGAGUUUCUGGACGGUCGAAUCGAGGUGACGUUGCCGUGCCAACGGUAUCCAGGUGGGGGUAUAAAGGUCGUCGUCAAGUGCAACGCGGAGUACCAGAACCCAGUCACAGAGGAGAUGCUGCCGGUCAAGAAUUUGGACCUUACAUUCCGUCGCGGGAAAUUGGCUUCUGAUGCCUACCCCAUGCCUCAUGGUCUUCUUGGUCAAUUCUGGCGUCUGGACUUUGAACAAGAGCCAUUCCGUCAGCAGUUUGUAGACGGGAACUCUCGCGAAAAUGCCUUCGUCAUGACAACACCGGUCGACCUCGGGGUGCGUAGUUUCGUCGGGAUAAUGUACCACCUCACCUGGGACCUCCGCGAAAAGCAGUGUCUCUAUGCCGGCAGUAGGCAAGCUGGUACGUCGCGCUAUGUCACAUCGCCGGCCGAUUCCGUCAUUGAGGGAUUGUACCAAGACUACUCAGUGAGUGGACGUUUCGGUACCGACUAUCAGUACAGCGUGUUUCCAAGGAACGAUUUCAACUGUGAGACGCCAACAUUUGGAUAAGAAACGUCACAAAACACUUUUGAUAGGUUUUCCGAGAGUUUGCAAAAAAAUUGUGAGACGGUGUCCCUGUACAUGAAAUUAUAAUUGUAUGUAUUUGUAUAAUACAAUAUGUGGCCCUUUACACAGACAAUAGUCAUUUGCUCUUUGACACAAAUCAGCACAAGAAGCAACCUUGUAUGUACAAUGCACUCCCAAAACAAAAACAACGAAAUUUCGCAUUUCCAUUCACUUGCCAAAUAUCAUUCUGGUAUAUCGAAGAAAGUUUUUGCAUAUUGUUGCUGAAGCGAAAACAAGCAA